CGAUCCACCUGGUUCCCCAAUUAGGGCGCACUGAAACGUGUCCUGUUCCUCGAUUCCACGGCAUCCGCACGCCGCCGGCGAGGACAGCGGGCGGCACACACCGCCGGCAAGCGGACGAGCGGCGAGAACCUCGGCUCACAGAAGGAAGGGUACGAGGAGAGGCGGCCGAUAAGAAGAUGGGGUCGGCGUUGCUGCCGACGCUGCGGCUGAAGCGGGAGGUGGACGCCGCCAUCCGCGACACCCUCGACAAGGUCCUCGUCCUUCGAUUCGGCCGCACCGCCGACGCUGCCUGCCUCCACUUAGACGACAUCCUUGCUAAAUCUUCGUGGGACAUAUCCAAGUUUGCUUCGGUAGCAUUGGUUGAUAUGGAUUCUGAGGAGAUUCAAGUUUACAUUGAUUAUUUUGAUAUUACAUUGGUUCCAGCAACCAUAUUUUUCUUCAAUGCCCAUCACAUGAAAAUGGAUUCGGGGACACCUGAUCACACAAAGUGGAUAGGCUCUUUCAGCAGCAAGCAAGACUUCAUUGAUAUUGUUGAGGCAAUUUUUAGAGGUGCGAUGAAAGGUAAAUUGAUAGUGUCUUGCCCCCUUCCACCUGAGAGGAUACCCAGAUUCCAGCUUCUUUUUAAGGAUGUCUGAGGAAACGAUAGCUCGUCAACUCUCACAUGCUUGAUUGCUGUCUUCGUCAUGCUAUGGAAAGAAAAUGUAUACACAAUCAGCUACCUAGCUCAUGUACUGUUUCUUUUAGCAACCUAGCUCAUGUAUUAUUUCUCUUUCUUCUGCAUCAUGAGUGAUACGGCAGAUGAUCUGCCGAAGGAUAUGGAUCUGUCCAUGGACAGCUGAAGUUUGUGAAGAAUAAUCAAGAGCUAGUACCCGUAAAGAUAUCUUGCAUCUCACUUCCUUACCAUUCAAAUAUGAGAUCUUGAUUCACCACGUGGAGUUAGCUUUUCCUUUCAGUAACCUGUGAAGCUAGCUGUGUCAAGAACUGAAAUGAUUAACUAAAAAUAGUGCCAGUUGAACAAA